AUGUGGGCAGUCGCCAAGCCUUUGGAUGGAAGUGCUAAUGCUACUGAGCUUACGUCCAAAGCAGCCAUAGAAUCGGUGCUAGAUGUUGAUGAUGAUGACCCCCGUGGCAAAGACAGGGCACCUUGCCGCAGGUUCAGCCGGUCUAUUCUUGUCCUGACUCCGCAGGGAGCCUUUAAAUUCAAUGCGCUGAAUGCAGAAGGCCAUUUCUCUUGGCUCAUUGCAUUGUCUUACGUGUGCCGGUCCUGUCGUGACCAAAGUUGUACCAACAAAUAA